CGCUACAAUAAGCGCUUGAUGGAGUGCGCCUUUGUCACGUCGAUGCGCAUGCAAAUCCGCCGCUCGCGCCCUCCAAUCAGCGAGCGGCGUCACUUCGCUUCUUCCAAUAGGAGAAACGCGCUCGCAGGUGGCAGCGCGGUUAUCAGCUCUUCCCAUUGCGCUCACAUCACAGCCAAGAGUCCAUUCAACCCAGACCCGACGUUCAGAUGCGGGCUAUCGAAGCGCUCGAAGCGGGCGUAAGAUCUCCCGACAGCCGCCGACUGGAUUUCGCGUCAGGACGCGUGUGAAACUGCAGACACCACAGUGGGAGGUUCGGGUCAAACCCUUUGCCUUGGAGAACACUUGAAAACUUUUAACGUACACUUGCAAAGUUGCAAAAGGGCUGUGCGCGGUCGCGUCGCCUUGGAUAAGCUGACAAGUUGCGGGCGCAAAACUUCGCGCGGUUGUACUUUUUAUGUAUUUUCUUUCACGGCGCGUCCUGUGGUUCAUUCGUACCAAUGUUAGCUGUGGGGCAGAUGGAUACUAACAGACAGAGCGCGUUCGUCUUGGGCAGUACUCCACUGGCCGCGCUGCACAACAUGACUGAGAUGAAGAACUCUUUAUUUCCGUACACCCUGCAGAACCCCGCCGGGUUCAAAGCUCCUUCUUUCACCAAUCUGAACUCUCAGCUCGCGCUGGGAACUCCGCAUGGAAUAAGCGAUAUACUGGGGAGACCCAUCACUUCAGCUGGACAGCUGCUUUCGGGCUUUCCCAGGAUCAACGGCUUGACCACAUCGGCCGGGAUGUACUUUAACCCCGCGGCCGUGUCUCGGUACCCCAAACCCUUGACGGAGUUGCCCGGGAGGGCGCCUAUUUUCUGGCCGGGAAUGAUGCAGGGUUCGCCCUGGAGAGACCCGCGGGUGCCCUGUCACGCCCAAGCAAACAUGAUGUUGGACAAAGAUGGCAAAAAGAAACACUCCAGGCCAACUUUCUCAGGACAGCAGAUCUUCGCCCUGGAGAAAACUUUCGAGCAGACCAAAUAUCUAGCCGGUCCAGAGAGAGCUCGACUCGCUUAUUCCCUGGGAAUGACCGAAAGUCAAGUCAAGGUGUGGUUUCAAAACAGAAGGACCAAAUGGCGUAAGAGACACGCGGCUGAAAUGGCCACGGCCAAGAAGAAACACGAUUCAGAGACGGAGAAGAUGAAGGAAAGCUCAGAUGAUGAAGAAUACAACAAACCUCUGGACCCAAACUCCGACGACGAGAAGAUCACGAGACUGUUGAAAAAGCACAAGGCCAGCAGCGUGAAUCUGAUCAGCCCGUGCAGCAACAGCUCGGACACUUUGUGAUCGGACUCGAGGCUGUCUCAGAGGCACGAGGCAGAGUUAACCAGGGUAUUAAACACGCGGAGAGACUCUUAUAGCUGUACAGUUACGCGCGUGUACUUCAGAUGUAUAUAUAUUUUUUACUGAGUAAAUUAUGUUAUUGAACCUUCACGUGCCAGCUCUCCAACAGCCAUCAUCAUCAUCCUCACAUGCUGAAGGUCUUUAUUUCUUCAGAUGGAUAACGGCGCCUAAAAGUUUCAAAAGAUGUUUUUUUAUUUCACAAGCAGAUACACAAAGUGUAUGAAAAGCAGAGUGUUGUAAAUGAUGUGAAUAGAUUUGGUUUUAACACAAUGUUCCUCUGGCUGCUUUAUAAUUUCAGUGAAGUUUAUGUUUGAUCUCUCAGCACGAAAAUCACACAGAGAUGGACAUGAAAUAUCGGAUGAAGAGAAUAUUAUUACUUCCGUGCUGAAGGAAGAAAAAUCUUUGUAUUAUCAAUAAAUUAUUUAACAAGCCAAUCUUUUAAAUAUGU